AUGCGAUCAAAUACCCAUGAUUUCCGCUCCCCUAGAGUCAAUCAGCAAACCUUGGAGCCUCGGAUCACUCACAACAUAGAAGAUGUAAUUGAAAUAAUCAAUGAUCAGGAGAAACAUAACUUUAAAUUGGGAGUAUUUUAUUUGGUAAUUGCUAUAAGUACUUGGAUGAUCGGUCUUCAAUUGGUGAAUAAUGUUUUAAAAGGUAAUGAAUAUGAUAAACCAAUUUUUCUAUCUAUGGUUACAGGAUCGUGCUUCAUGUUGAACUUUUUACCGGAAUGUGGACAGUGGCUUAAAUCGUUUUUCACUAAUGGACGUGAUGUUGAUGAAUGCAAAGUUGAUCCACCGAACGAAACAACUCCAUUGACUUUGGAGUCUUCAAACGAACCUCCGAUUUUUCAAAAUAAACCAGAAGAACUCACGUCUAAAGAAAUUAGUAUCCUCGCAAUACAGAUUUCUUUGAUCUAUAUGCUUUAUAAUGUAUGCGGUAUGUCUAGCUUACAGUUUACUUCAGCUUCAAAUCAAACUGUGCUUGGAUCAACGACCACAAUGUUCACUUUGUUUAUGGGAGUGAUGUUGAAAAUUGAUAACCUUACUCUGAAAAAAACCUUGUGUGUUGCAGUCAGUCUCUUAGGGGUAAUAUUUAUCAAUUUAAGUCAACAUCAACCUGAUUCGUCGGAUGAUGAUCCUGAUGACCAUAACAAAUUUGAUCCAAAAAACCCUUUAUUGGGAAACACAUUGGCCUUAUUUGCAGCAUUUUUUUAUGCGGUUUAUUUGAUUAUAAUGAAGGUUAAAUGUGGAACUGGAGAUAAAACAACUAAUGAACGCAGACUUUUCGGGUUUGUUGGAGUUUUCACAUUUCUAUUUGGAAUCCCCAUUACAAUGUUUGUCCAUUUCGUCGGAAUUGAAAAAUUCGAAUUCCCUCCUCCUUCAAAUAAAAUUUUAAUCAUGCUCUUAAUAAAUUCAUUCUUCUCAUAUAUAAGUGAUUUCACUACAAUUCUUGCUCUGUUAUUAACGAGUCCUCUUGUUACAUCAUUGUCGUUGACCUCUUCAAUCCCAAUCACUAUUUUCAUGGACUACUUGAUUAUAAGAAUAACUGGGGGUAAUUCCUAUUCCUCAUCAAAUCUUUAUAUCUAUACUACUGGAAUUCUUAGCAUUUUGACCUCGGUGAUAUUAAUCAAUGUCAAUAUAGCAAAUGAAAAUGAAUACAUUGGUGAGGUUAUAGAAGACGCUUUGCAAUCAGCUAUUCACAAUGAUGAAGUUUUAUCACCAUUACUAACACCUCUUUUAAGUUCUCCUUCUUAUAAUAUUGCAAACUCUCCAUCCCACUUGUCGGUGGGAUUCAACCAUCUUGCUUCCCCCAGAUUUUAUCAAAAGCAAAGUAAAAAAAGUACACCAGUUGCUGGAUCGAAUGAACCACAAUUGUCUAGGAAGAUAUCUGGAUUUAAUCUUAAUUCUUUGAAUGAUAAUGCAAAUCCCAUCUCGUCUUAUGAUCCGAGCGAUGAGUUAUUGCAUACAGACUUGCUUGUUUAUGGAGGCGUUAAUCAUCAAUAUCAUAUUAUCCAAGCAGAUAAAUCAUCUAAUAAUACACCUGAAGUAGCACCUAUGUCUCCAUAG